AUGCUCCUUCGCCAUUUUCGGUGGUGCCGACUUACUCCCAACUCAUGGCGACCGAAUGGUCGUCGCACUGCUUCCGCUGCUGCUGCUGCGUUAGCUCAUGAUCCUGCUGCGCCAGCCCAAUAUCCAUUGACGGAGAAAGACCUUCAACGCCUCACGUCUCAGCGCAACAUUGGGGUGUCAGCUCAUAUAGACUCUGGCAAGACAACCCUCACAGAGCGCAUCUUAUUUUAUACCGGGCGUAUUCGCGAAAUCCAUGAGGUCCGCGGUCGUGAUUCUGUUGGGGCAAAAAUGGAUAGUAUGGACCUUGAACGAGAAAAGGGUAUCACAAUCCAGAGCGCGGCUACAUUUUGCGACUGGGAGACGACGGAUCCAGCUAACGGCUCAAAACAAAAGUAUGCCGUCAAUAUCAUAGAUACUCCAGGUCACGUCGACUUCACAAUUGAAGUGGAGCGAGCUCUACGAGUGCUUGAUGGUGCUAUUCUCGUUCUCUGUGCGGUUGCCGGUGUGCAGAGUCAAACAACGACAGUGGACAGGCAAAUGAGGCGUUAUGGUGUCCCUCGCAUUUCCUUCGUCAACAAAAUGGAUCGACCUGGCGCUAAUCCUUGGCGAAUAGUCAGUCAAAUACGCUCGAAGCUCCGAAUACCUGCAGCAGCAGUUCAAGUUCCCAUUGGAGUAGAAGAUGGAUUCAAUGGUGUGGUUGAUUUGGUACACUGGAGAGCAAUAUACAAUCAGGGCCCGAAGGGCAUCGACGUCGUCGUAAAAGACAUUCCGGAGUCAGUCCUUGAGCUUGCUAAGGAAAAACGCGUCGAAUUAAUCGAGCAACUGGCGGAAGUCGAUGAGGAGAUAGGCGAACUCUUUCUAAAUGACGAACAGCCUACAAAUGACCAAAUCGCGGCUGCUAUCCGGCGGGCCACCAUCGGUCUCAAAUUCUCUCCUGUUUUCCUCGGUUCAGCCAUUAAGAACACCGCCGUUCAACCCCUUCUUGACGGGGUUUGCGCAUACCUCCCUAAUCCGGCAGAAUUGGAAGUCGUUGCCCAUGAUACUGAACUUCCCAUAUCGGCUCCACCUGUACCACUGUCGCCCGCCGCAGAUGCUCCCUUGGUUGGCCUCGCGUUCAAGCUGGAAGAAGGGCGUUUUGGCCAACUCACCUAUAUGCGUGUGUACCAGGGUAGCCUGAAGAAAUCCAACAUGAUCUACAACGCUCGGACGGGGAAAAAAGUCAAAGUCCCUCGCCUGGUUCGCAUGCACAGUAAUGAAAUGGAGGAUAUUGAGUCCAUUGGGCCGGGUGAAAUAUGCGCCAUCUUCGGGGUCGAAUGCUCAUCUGGAGACACUUUUACGGAUGGGUCGACUAGCUAUUCAAUGACCUCUAUGUUUGUGCCGGAACCCGUCAUCUCCCUUGCGAUCAAGUCCACUGGCAUCGAAACGCCCAACUUUUCUCGUGCUCUCAAUCGUUUCCAGAAGGAGGACCCCACCUUCCGCGUUCACCUCGAUCAGGAGAGUAAAGAGACAAUCAUUUCUGGGAUGGGCGAACUCCAUCUGGAAAUCUAUGUUGAACGGAUGCGACGAGAGUACAAUGUCGAAUGCGUGACGGGUAAACCUCGCGUCGCCUUCCGCGAGGCAAUUUCCAAGCGGUCUGAUUUCAUCUAUGUCCACAAGAAGCAAACCGGGGGUGCUGGACAAUAUGCCAAAGUUGCAGGUUACAUAGAGCCAAUGGAGAAAGACCCAGAGACCGGCAAAGACUCUGCCUUUGAAAGCAUGAUUAUGGGUGGUACGAUUCCCUCCAACUAUAUCCCAGCCAUCGAAAAGGGAUUCUUUGAAGCCCUCGAGAAAGGCACAUUGACUGGUAACCCAAUCACGGGUGUUCGAUUUGUUUUAACCGAUGGCGGUUUCCAUAUCGUCGACUCUUCUGAGCUUGCAUUCCGUAAUGCAACCAUAGGUGCUUUUCGUGAAGCUUUCCGAGCAGCCGCACCCAUUGUGCUCGAGCCAAUCAUGAAGGUCGAGGUCGUGGCCCCUUCGGAAUUCCAGAACAGCGUUAUCGGAGGACUGAACACUCGUCGGGGUACCAUCGUCGACAGCGAAGUGCGCGACGACGAGUUUACGGCGAUAGCUGAUGUAGCGCUCAACGAUAUGUUUGGCUACUCAAAUCAACUGCGCGGUUCAACUCAAGGCAAAGGUGAAUUCAGCAUGGAGUAUAAGAUGCACCUCCCAACUUUGUCGCACCUUCAACGAGAACUAGAAGAGGCCUACAAAAAGACACUCCCAGCCGCUAAAAAGUAG